CUCUCCCCUGGCCGGCCAGACGCGGUGGUGGCAGUAGGGGCGGUGGUGGCGGCGGCGGCGGCGGCGCCGGGGGGGAGGGGCCGGGCGGGGGGCUGGCGGCAGCGGCGGAUGGACUCGCGGGUAUCGGAACUGUUCGGCGGCUGCUGCCGGCCCGGAGGGGGCCCGGCUGUGGGCGGAGCCCUCAAGGCUAAGGGGGCCGGUGGCAGCAGCGGCUGCGGGGGCCCGAAGGGGAAGAAGAAGAACGGAAGGAACAGAGGGGGCAAAGCCAACAACCCCCCGUACUUGCCCCCCGAGGCUGAAGAUGGAAACAUUGAAUAUAAACUGAAGCUGGUGAACCCAUCCCAGUACCGCUUUGAGCACCUGGUGACACAGAUGAAGUGGCGGCUCCAGGAGGGCCGCGGAGAGGCCGUCUACCAGAUCGGGGUCGAGGACAAUGGGCUGCUUGUGGGGCUGGCUGAGGAGGAGAUGCGAGCCUCCCUCAAGACCCUGCACCGGAUGGCAGAGAAGGUUGGGGCAGACAUCACUGUUCUCCGGGAGCGAGAAGUAGAUUAUGAUAGUGACACGCCCCGGAAGAUCACUGAGGUCCUGGUACGCAAAGUUCCUGACAACCAGCAGUUCUUAGACCUCCGUGUGGCUGUGCUGGGGAAUGUGGACUCUGGGAAGUCAACGCUGCUUGGGGUUCUGACCCAGGGAGAGCUGGACAAUGGGCGUGGCCGGGCUCGGCUCAACCUUUUCCGCCACCUGCAUGAGAUUCAGUCUGGCCGAACCUCCAGCAUCAGCUUCGAGAUCCUGGGCUUUAACAGCAAGGGAGAGGUGGUGAAUUACAGUGAUUCACGGACGGCAGAAGAAAUCUGUGAGAGCAGCUCCAAGAUGAUCACCUUCAUUGACCUGGCAGGCCACCACAAGUACCUGCACACCACCAUCUUUGGCCUCACCUCCUACUGCCCCGACUGCGCCCUGCUCCUUGUCAGCGCCAACACCGGGAUUGCUGGCACCACAAGAGAACACCUAGGACUGGCCCUGGCCCUGAAAGUGCCCUUCUUCAUCGUGGUCAGCAAGGUGGAUCUGUGCGCCAAGACCACAGUGGAGAGGACAGUACGGCAGCUCGAGCGGGUCCUGAAACAGCCUGGCUGCCACAAGGUCCCCAUGCUGGUCACCUCUGAGGAUGAUGCUGUCACUGCUGCCCAGCAGUUUGCCCAGUCACCCAAUGUCACCCCUAUCUUCACACUGUCCAGCGUGUCUGGAGAGAGUCUGGAUCUGCUCAAAGUCUUUCUAAAUAUCUUGCCACCACUCACCAACAGCAAAGAGCAGGAAGAACUCAUGCAGCAGCUGACAGAAUUCCAGGUGGAUGAAAUCUACACAGUGCCAGAGGUGGGGACAGUUGUUGGAGGGACACUUUCCAGUGGGAUUUGCCGUGAGGGAGACCAGCUGGUGGUGGGCCCCACGGACGAUGGCUGCUUCCUGGAGCUGAGAGUAUGCAGCAUCCAGCGCAACCGCUCUGCCUGUCGAGUGCUGCGAGCUGGUCAGGCUGCCACAUUGGCCCUCGGGGACUUUGACCGAGCGCUCCUUCGCAAGGGCAUGGUGAUGGUGAGCCCUGAGAUGAACCCCACUAUCUGCUCGGUGUUCGAGGCUGAGAUAGUCUUGCUAUUCCAUGCCACUACCUUCCGGCGAGGCUUCCAGGUGACAGUCCAUGUGGGCAAUGUCCGUCAGACAGCAGUGGUGGAAAAGAUCCAUGCCAAGGACAAGCUGCGGACAGGGGAGAAAGCAGUGGUACGGUUCCGCUUCAUGAAACACCCCGAGUACCUGAAAGUGGGCGCCAAGCUGCUGUUCCGGGAGGGUGUCACCAAGGGCAUCGGCCAUGUCACUGAUGUGCAAGCCAUCACGGCCGGAGAGGCCCAGGCCAACAGGGGCUUCUGAACUCUCUCCCAGCAGCCAACAUGCUGUUGCUGUCCCUGCAAUAUAUAAGGUGACUUCUGGUCAUGCUGCCCGCCCCGCACCCCUGGCAGUUCUGUGUGUUAAUAGGCUAGGGAGAGAGGGGUGCUCUCUACCACUUGCUUCCUGCCAAUUCUGGAGAGGUGCCAAGCUUGGUUUGGCCAGGGAGGGGCAGCCCUAAGGGAGAAGACAGGAGAAUUCGGGGCAGUCCUCAACAACAGUGUGUCUGGUUGGCUCAUCAACCCCAGCAAUGCCAUUGUCUGUCUGCUGGAGCGAGCUGGCCACCACUGCCACUUCAGCACCAUCGUCGGGACGGGGCAUGAUUCACCUGAGUGGUCCCGAUACUUCAGGAAUUGUCAUGGCGACUGGGGGGUGGCCCUCAAAAGCACUCCUUUUAUCUAUACCUCUUCUCAAGGCCAUGAGAGUUGCCCAUCUCUACUUGGCCACGGAUAAAAGACCUCUCCCAGCCACGUGGUGGCCCAGGGCCUGAAGAAAGGAAACAGGGACAGUGAAUGUCAGUGCUCCCGUCCCUUGCUGAGACAUGAAGCCUAUUCCUCGACUUCCUUUCCCUUCUCUUCACUCAAGGGCCAUUUCCCCAGUUUCUCCUCUCAUGUGCCCCACAGGUGCUAUUUGUUGUGCUGGCCCAGGUGUGGGGCUGCCAGGCUGAGGCUUGGCAUACCGAAGGUCAGCUGCAUGUCAACUGGUCUUAUCCCCUCUUCUACAAUGAUCUUAAUAAGUUUUCAUGCUGGAUCAAACUGUAUGUUUCCCAGACUUGGCAGCUGUGGCUCCCACCCUGCCACCCUUCCCCCUGCUCCCAUCUAUGUUCUCUUGUUUCAGUGAUUUGCCGUGAUUCUCCCUUUCCCUCUGUUGCAGGGAACCUGGAGGAAAGGGAAAGAUGUUGCCAUAUUUCCUAUUCUUUAGGGCAUGGGCUCCCUCCUUUCCAUUUGUUAAUGUCCUGGGUUCCCAUGGACUCAGGGAUUUGUUUGAGGUUUCUCUGCAUACAUGUGUACAUAUUAUAUAUAAAUAAAUACAUAUAUUUAAAUAUACAUAUAUAUUGUACAGAAUAAAAAUGUUUUAUUGAAAA